ACAUCCCUCGUCUACUCGCCCGUCAGUACACCGCUUGGGUCACAGAAUGGGUCCCGACAACAACGUAUACCACGUGGUCGAGCAUGACCAGCCCAACCCCGACUUGCAUGGUCAACGAGGACGAAUGCGCAAGCCUACGGUCCAGCUGGAGCAUGACGCACACAACCGAAGACUCACUCGCGGAUUUUCCGGUCCCGUGCACGACAUACAGGCACUGCUCUUCUGAUCCCGUUGGACCGUGCAGCAUUACUGUAGGGGACACAGCGGACCUCAUGAAGAUCUACUACUGGCCUACGCCGGCAACCGAACCUCUCUGCCCCCAGAAUACCACCACGCCUGUGUCGACUAGCCCUGCACUGCCCGAACUACCAAUAUCCGGCCCGCCUGUGGUGAAGGUGAUCGACGGCCUCACAGCCACAUCGCCUUCAAUCUACAUAUCCAUCCCUACCUUGUACGGGCGGUUCCGCGGGCAACCGACAUACAUGUUCACCGGCUGCGGCUCUCUACUCACAUCCCUUACGCUAUCGAUUCCGCCAUCGCCCAUCUCCACGCUAAGUAAAGCGAGGCGGAGAAGAAGACCAACAUACGGGGAUCCGAGCUCUUUCGCGCUUAGCACGUUGAACUGGCCCGUCACGACGACAAGCAGCUGCUCGGUAGUGACAAUAUGUGAUUGGGAUGACACGAUAAGCACAUGCAACGACGUGCUUACUACGAAGUGUGCGACGCCGACGGUAGAUCCGUUCAAUUACAACCCGGUGCUAUUGCUGCCGACGGAGCUGAUAAACCUGGCUGCGGAGCACGAUCCUGGUUACCGGAGCUAUUCAUCCUGCGGCUGCUGCGUUUGCGACCUGGAUCCCCAUUACGACAAUCCCGGGAGAUCCAAGGUAUACGGAGGGAUGGUCGGCUACUCCGACGAUAGAGCCGUCUACGGUUACGGCAACUGGUGCGCCUGAAACUACAAGUACUUCUGCUUGAUGCUGCCGGAAAAAGGCGACCAAGAGAUCAAGACUAUGUUACUGUAACGUAGUUGACAAGCGAGUGGGUCAAGUGUGGCGGCCAGACUGUUGGGUCGUCGGUGGUGCACACGGCAGUCAGUGGACUUUUCCGGUUCGUACAAAGGCAAUCGAUGCGUCGCAAGCACACCGUAAAUAACUACCUAUGUAUGUAACGAGCGGUCGCGUACAAGACUAACCUCUCUUAUA